AUGGAGUACGAUCAUGAGCGCGGUGAGGAGGGCAUCGGGACGUUUCUGAGAAGCGCGAAGAGAAUCCGCAUCAAGAUCGGCUCGUGGCUCCCCGACGACGACACGUUCGGGCGGACGGGGAUGGAUUGGGCUGUGGGGUGUAUACGCCGCUGGGAACCCCGUCUCCCCCCUCUCUCCCAGUCUAUUCCAACUCACGCUCAAGCCAUCUCGAACCACGCGAACGUCGGUGCUGGAAGAGGCUUGGAUCCGGAUCUACCGGGGCCGGGGACGGGUGGGAAGGAGGAGCCGCUGUGGGUUGAGGAGAAGCUGAGGAGGACGCCGGGUUCAGGUGCUGGCAGUACUUCGUUGAUGACAUGUUGUACCGCAAGGGUACUGUACGCCGGUGGAUUGGCCUUCGUGCUCGAGGAUCGCCGGCCCAGCGUCUCAUCCUCCGGCGAUCCCCCAUCCUCCACCACCCUCGCACACACCAUCGCGCGCAACAUGUCAACCCACACAACAAGCCGGGACAGCCUUAGCCUCCUCCCUCCCCUCCGGCCGCACAAGAUCCUACGCAAGAUACGGCUCCACAACCGGCCCCCUCCUCCUACAUGCACGGCUUCCCCUCACUCCUCGCCUCCCCCAAAACAAGAACCGCCCUCGACCGCCCCGGUCUUGGACGUCGUCGGCUGUCGUCGGCCCGUGCAAUCGGGCUGGAACGUUGACAGCCCAAGAACGUGCGCGGGCGUCAGCGUUGGGCCGGCGAGCUGUGCGGCGGAGGGCCCCACGCUUUAUCAUGCGCUAUGCACCGCCGCAAUACAUGCUCUCCAUCAUCGGCCUGUUCGCGAGUGGGCUGCUAAAAAGCGGUAUAUGUUGCGCGGGAGGAGGAUGCUCGCGUUCGCUGCGCUGUACUUCCCUAGGGUGGAGAGUGAGCUGAUGGCGCGGAGGAGCGACGCGUGGACUGCGAGUUCGGACGCGAAGAAAAAGAGCGUGCGCGCAUCGACGCUGGUAGACAAGCUGGCUCGCAGGGUUCUACAUGAACUAUGA